AAUUUGUUCAAACCCCUUCGACUUUAGGGUUUUUGUUGUCGUCGGCGAUACUUCUUCCCUUCUCCAUUUCUAUCCUACCCAUCCCUCUCAACGGAGAGAGCUUCCGAUCGCUCCAAUGGUGGAUGAUUCUCACUAUUCCUCUCGCUCUGACCACAAACGGAAGUUCGACGACCAAGGCACCCCUCCUGCUGCUGCUCCAACUUCAGGUCGCAGAUCCACCGGUUUCUCGGCACCUAUCGUCUCUCCUUCGGAUACAACAGCCCCAGCUUCCUAUAAUAGUGUCCCGCCCCCUCCCGAUGGAAUCCAGCUAGCCAAGCAACGGGCGCAAGAGAUCGCUGCAAGGAUUUUCAGCGACGCCGAGGCUAAGCGACCUAAAGUUGAGAACGAGGGCGGUGCUGAAGAUUCUAGCAACAAGGGGUUUGAUUUUGAUCAAUCGCAUAAUUCUUUUGGCCAGCCAUUAGCAUCGCAAGGUGGUGUGAACACACCAUCAUCUUUUGCCUCUUAUGGUUAUGCUGGGUCAAACAAGAAAAUUGAUAUUCCUAAUGGACGGGUUGGUGUCAUUAUUGGUAAAAGUGGAGAGACAAUCAAAUAUCUUCAGGUGCAAUCUGGAGCUAGAAUUCAAGUAACUAGAGAUAUGGAUGCUGAUCCUCAUUCACAGAGUAGAACUGUAGAACUUAUUGGUACUUCUGACCAAAUUAGCAAGGCUGAGCAGUUGAUCAAUGAAGUGCUUGCUGAGGCUGAAGCUGGUGGCUCUGGCAUUAUUUCUGCGCGGAAGUUUACUAUCACAACUACUGGUGCUGAGCAUUUUUCUAUGAAAGUUCCAAACAAUAAGGUUGGUCUGAUUAUCGGCAAAGGUGGUGAGACUAUCAGAAACAUGCAAACUACUUCAGGGGCACGCAUCCAGGUGAUACCAUUACAUCUGCGGCCAGGUGAUCCAACAAUGGAACGAACUGUACAUAUAGAUGGCACAAAUGAGCAGAUUGAAUUAGCAAAACAAUUACUUACUGAUGCUAUGAGUGAGAAUCGCAUGAGGAAUCCACAAACUUCUGGUUACCGUCCUCCUAGACCUCCAACAAGCUGGGCUCCACCCGGAGGGCCACCCAUGCAGCAACCGGGCUACGGAUACAUGCAAUCUGGAGCAUAUCCUGGUCAACCCCCACAGUAUAACAUGCCUCAGCCACCUUAUGCUGGUUAUCUCCCCCCAACUUCAACUGGCUGGGAUCAAUCAUCUAAUCCACCAGCCCAGCAAACAUCACAAGUAACUGGAUAUGAUUACUAUAGUCAGCAACAGCCACAACAGCAGCAGCAGCUGCCUCCGCCACCGCCUAUUGGUGAAUCUUCUGUUUCCACAGACAGCAACAUCUACAACUAUGGCCAGAUGCCUCCCACUUAUGCUGCCCCAGGAUCUUACGGUGAUUCAAACUAUUCCCAUUCUACUUCUGGGCAUCAGCAAGGCUAUGGACCUCAGGCUGGAUACGCUCAGCCUGUUUCAGCCACCCAGACAGGAUUUGCUCAGCAAGGCUAUGUAUCUGGAUCUGCUCAAGAUGGUUCUACUCAACAAACCCUACAGCCUGGGUAUGGCAUGCCUCCUUCGCAACCAGGAUAUGGAAGCCAACCGGCUACCCAGCCAGCAUACUUGCAGGGAGCUUCGCCAGGCCAACCUGGAUAUGGACAACAGUCUCCUCAGGGGCAGAAACCAUCUGUAGCUCAGGCUGGUUAUGCUCAGACUACACAAACUUAUGGCCAGCCUCCUCAGGGCUAUUCCCAGCCUGCACCUGCGCAGACUACACAAAUUUAUGGCCAGCCUGCUCAGGCAUAUCCUCAGGCUGCACCAGCAUCUGGAUUUGCUCAACCUGCGGGCUACGGUCAGUCUUAUGUUCAGCAGCAGCAAUCAUAUAAUGAUUAUUAUGCUGGUCCUUAUGCGCAGACGUCGUAUUCGAGCGAUGCUGCACAGGGGACUUAUGAAGCGCCUCCGUCGUCUCAGGCGGCACCAAGCGGAGUGGCAAAAGCUUCGCCGCAAAGUUGAUCGCUGAGUAUAAUCAUCCAGGUGCUUCCUCUACUUCUGUAUGUGCUUUGGUUUGGAUUAUGUUCUAUGGUUUAUUUUGUUGGAAUUUGGUGCAUUUUAGACGUAGAAUAUUUCUAUUUGGAUGAGGAUGAGGAUUUGAGAAUACUUGACUGUUUAGUUUUACUUUGUUCUUAUAGUUGGUUCCUUGUUAAGUUAAACUUGUAAUUGGGUUGUC